GAUCAACUGUUUGGAGUAAAAAGAUAGGCCUUUGUCCGCUAUUACCGACUGAAAAAAUUAAAGAGAUCGACGACGUGGCCUCUAAAACAUGGCGCAAUAUAGAAUAACACAAUUUUGCAUAAAUCUGUCAGUGGUGAUAUGAUUUUAGCACUUUAUACAACUUUCUUUUCGCCGGUUAUUUAUUGUUAGUUUAUAUUGUUUAUUAUCACUCGUUCUCAUUCACCAAAAAUGGGUCUGUGCAAGUGUCCAAAGAGAACGGUUACGAAUCAAUUUUGUUUUGAACAUAGAGUUAACGUUUGUGAGCAUUGUAUGGUGUCAAGCCAUCCUAAGUGUAUAGUUCAAUCUUAUAUUCAAUGGCUAAAAGACAGUGAUUACGAUUCAAAUUGCACUCUGUGCUCAGGUGUUUUAGAAAAUGAAGAUUGUGUGAGAUUAACAUGCUAUCAUGUCUUCCACUGGUCAUGCCUAGACAGGUAUGCUAGGAGUUUACCUCCUACAACAGCUCCAGCAGGAUACAUUUGUCCCACAUGUCAAGCUUGUAUUUUUCCGAGAUCGAAUUUAGUUUCUCCAGUUGCUGAUGUGCUAAAGGAAAAAUUAGUUAGUGUCAAUUGGGCUAGAGCUGGUCUUGAUUUACCUUUACUAAGCAGUGAUGCAGAACAAAAGCCAACUCAAGAAGCUCAAUCCAAAGUAUCUUCGAUAGAUACACCGGUCUAUCAAAAUCACGUAUCUGUUCCUUCAGUAGCUACUGCUAGAACAAGUAGCAGUGUAAAUUCUUCAAGUACCCAUUUAAAUAAUUUACAUUCAAAUAAUAUAAAACAAGGACCUCCGUAUUCAGUAGUUAACAUGGAAUCCUCUCAUCAAUCAGAUCGUAAAGUAUUUGAAGCUUAUGAUGACCCAAAAGAUGUUACAUUUGACCAUGAUGAAAAUAAAUAUCAAAGAAAGUCUGCAUUUGAAUGGUUCUUGAGGUGGUGGAAGCUUAUAUCACGGCCUCCGACACAUAAAAGAAACUCUUCAGGAUCUUUGUACAAAAGAUAUGCAGUGAUGUUUAUGGCUGGCCUACUUUUCUUUAUCUUUAUCAUUAUUAUCUUCUCCUGGUUGGGAAGAAUCCAUAGUGAAAUUGAUCCUGAAUUCGAUAUUAUGGGAAAUCCCAAUCUUAAUUUAAAAGAACAAGGAAUAUAAUUCAAAAGCAGUGCAUUACAAUUUUUUAAUGGCAGUUUCAAGUUAUUUCUAAUUGUAGUCAGUGAUAAAAAUUUUUAUUAAAAUAAUACAUUUUUUACAAUGAACAUUUAUCAAUUUAAUAUAUAAAUAAUAAUAUUUACAAUUAAGUCAAAUAGCAUUAAAUUGUAUAUUUCGUUCAAUUGUGAGAAAAGCUAAAUGCUACUUUGUAUAGUAUAUAUUAAUUAAUCAAUAUUAAUAACACUCGUUGAGUAUUUGACUUUCUUCUUCUUCUUUAUUGUGA